AUGGCUCCCCACGAAAGCGGAUCUCCGGCCUCGACCAACUUCCUGCCGUUCUUGAGCGGCAGAUCUCGUAGAGGCUCGCUGGCUUCAAUCUCCUCGCGCGCAGGAACAGUAGACAAGGAUGUGCGAUCACAGGCCUUGGAUGAUAUACACACCUCCGCCUCCCGCUCCGAGACGCUGACCUCAUUCCACGAUUUCGAUGGCGAGGGAGGGCGCAGCGGCGCAAAAGAGAUUGUUAGCAAUGGCGUCAGUGGCCUCUACAAUCGCCUUCGACAGUCCGUGGGCGGCGCGACAUCUAUAAGAGAGAUCAAGAGGCGUCCAUUGAGCCAAGCCUCGAGGAACUCCAUCGACAUCGACUCGAUCCAACCAUCGUCGCCGGCAGCAUCACGUUCCAGUGCAGGAUUGGCUGUCAAACGUCCUGCUGGAGACUCUGCUUCGGCCCUUAGCGUACCAGUAUCACCAGCCAUACGCAGCAUUGCAAGUGAAUCGAUUGAAAGCAGUAAAGGAACACCAAAGCUACAUACCGCGGAUGGAAGGCCAAUACCUUCAUUCGGAGCUGACGAAUUGCAUGAGCGACCAGUGGAGGUGCUGAAGCCGAAGCCAGCCGUACGAGCGCCGCAAGAUGCGCCUUCGCGUGAAAUGGUGGACAAGGCCCGGAGCGCUUUCAGGGACAAUGAUCGCAGUGAAAGUGCUACGGAAGCUCUGGCCCGGGUUCUGUCUCAUCACGAAGCCUCAGGGAACGACCAGCAGAAACCUGUCCGAGUGGACCGUGUGCACGAGGACCUAGAGUCUGCCAUCGACGACUCUGAUUAUGCGGACGAGCCCCACAACCUCAUCCCCGGGCCGCCAGCACUGUCGAGUAAUGAGGGUGGCCACGACCGCGUGCUGCCGCCCAAGAGCAAGAGAUUGCCUCGUGAAGACUUGCAAAGGCCACCAAUGGUCAAGAUUGGUCCCUCACAUCUCCCAAACUUCCAGCCUUCCAGAUCUUCGUCUACCACAGAUGGCGGAGAUUUCGGAUCUGCAACAAGCUCUCAGCGAUUUGCUCUGAAAAGAUCCGCGCUGGACCCGUCGCCGAACUUGAAUUCUGGCCUUCAGCGAAGAAGGACCGCUCUCAUGCCGCCUCCUAAGACACAGAACCUAUCCUCGACACUUAGAAGACGAGUGCUCAGUAAAGAAUUCUGGAUGAAGGAUGAUAACGCGAAAGUAUGCUUCGCUUGCGGUCAAUCGUUUUCUGCCUUUCGGCGUAAGCAUCACUGUAGAACUUGUGGACAGAUCUUUGAUUCCAAGUGCACAACACUGGUCGCAGGCAAGCCAUUUGCUCAGCCUGGGACCGUCCGUCUGUGUAACCCAUGCGAAGCGAUCAUAUUUGGCAGCGACGAUGACUCGAGUGUCUUCUCUGAAGACGGAGAAGAGUAYAUUCGCAGCCCCAUAACCCAAGCAAUCUCCGAGGGAGACAUUCCCAAGACACCCAAUACUGACGGUGCUUCCUUCAGCAGAACAGAUGCAGAAGUCACCACGCCCUAUAUAGGCAUACCAGUUUCCAGGCGCAAUCGCGAAGCGAAGCGUCGCUCUGCGGUCUUGGAAUUCGACGGUCAUCCUACACUGGCUAGGCCAAGUUCCUCCCACUCUCUGGUAUCGUUGGCCCGUCGUCCGAGGUCAUCUAGUCAUCGACGCCGUCAUUCUCGUCAUCAGCUGGCUCGCGGAUUGCGAUCGAGCGUUGAUGAGCGUGGACCAUUUCAUCAGGAAUGGGUCGGCGAUCCUGAGAAGAAGCAGAUGCUACCUACCUUCCACAACRACAACAUCAUCGACCCAGAUCUGGCUGCUUUUCUCUCGGACGACGGCUCCGAUGAGGAGGAAUACCCAAGUAUCAUGGGUGCAGUAAGCGAUGGCCGUUCGGCCUCCCUGAAUGAGCGUGAAAGGAUUGGAUUUGGAGGGAUGCUGCCUACAAGAAAAAGCAGAUCAAGAGCUGGCGACAGAGGCAACGCUCCGUCCACCGCGCGCGGUGUCAAGGACUUUGCUGCGCCUGUACAUGGCUCCAAACCUAUGCCGAAGCUGUCUCGAGCUCGUAAUACUAGCAAUGCCUCUGCACACGGCAACAAAUCAUCGCCGAGGCUUGGCUACAACAACGUUCUCAUGACAACUGUUGAAGCAGAUACUACGGAGUUAAUAUCCGGCGUACAGCCAAUGGAACCCUCACGCGCAAGGGUGGUCUGCAGCACCGCGCUGCAUGCGUUACAUGAUCGAGGUAGAGAUGACACCGAGCUGUACCCUGCCAGUUAUCAGCAUGUCAAAAAGUUAUUGGAGCAAUUACUCCAUGAUGCGAACAUUGCCACCCCUUCGAUAUGGCAACGGGCUCUUAUGCCCGUGCUUCUUCAAUGUACUGAGGACGUGGAACCGGAUGUUCAGCGAGGCGACGACAUGGACAUCCGGCACUACAUUAAGCUGAAGAAAGUGCCAGGUGGCAAGCCUGGCGACACCAGUUAUGUCUCGGGCGUUGUAUUCAGCAAAAACGUUGCGCUCAAGAGCAUGCCUCGAUCCAUCAACCAUCCUCGRAUUGCCAUUGUGACGUUUGCGAUCGAAUAUGCCCGACACGAAGCUCAUUUUAUGAGCCUGGAUCCUGUGAUCGCCCAAGAACAAGAGUACCUUGAGAAUCUUGUCAACCGGAUUGCCGCCCUUCGGCCACACGUAUUACUUGUGCAGAAACAUGUUUCGGGUCUGGCUAUUAAAAUGCUCGAGAAAGCAGGUAUAACAGUGGCCUACAAUAUCAAAGAGUCCGUCUUGGCUGCAGUGGCUCGCGUGACUCGAACUGUCAUGAUCAAGUCUGUCGACAAGCUUGGCAUCGAUCCGCUGCAUCUCGGCCAUUGCGAAAGUUUCGAGGUCAAGACAUACGUCUCCGAAGGUCUGCGCAAGACGUACAUUUACCUGUCGGGAUGCGAGCCGGAGCUUGGAUGCACAAUUGUGCUGCGUGGAUCUGAUACGAAGACCUUGCGCUCCAUCAAAAGAAUCGCAGAAUUCAUGUGCUACGUUGCCUACAACCUCAAGCUAGAGAAUUCACUCAUGCGCGAUGAAUUUGUCUCUAUGCCGCACAGGGCACCAAGUCAGAUUGAAUUGCUCGAUGAAGAUUCGCCCUCCGGCUUGCGUGGUGGAAAAUUGCCUGCAAUGUGUGGAGGCCGAAGCUCACGAUAUCCCUUCAAGUACGAGCAGCUAGAACGGGAGGCCCGCCAGCGAAUCCUCUCUGCGUCUCCAUUUGUCGUCUUCAUGGUGCCGCAUCUGUUGACCCAGCUUCGCGAUCAGGAGCGCGAUCUCGCCAAGUUGACCAUGCUGAGKGACCAAUACGCGGCUGCCGAUGAGGACGGCGACGAUGUCCACGAUGACAACACCAUCAUGCAGCAUUUCGAGCUCGUGAGACCGGAGAUGGUCAACGUGCCUGCUUCGAAAGACCAACCCAAGGCGGUCCGUGAAUAUCUCCAUGCCGUUCAUGACGCUCAACUGGAGAAGGUCACCUUCACCUUCCAGAAUCUCGAACGACAAUGGGAGUCCUUUGUCUCGGGAGAGGCGAACCCGUUCGAUCCCUUUUCGCAUCAGCGAAUAGUGGUGCUAUGCUCCGUGGUAUCAAGUAUCAACUCCGCUCCUUGCACCGCUCCAGAGCUCCUUACUCUUGGCUUCUACGCUGGUUGGAAUCGCGUUGAGACCGAGCACGAUGAAGAUAUGACUUUAGGCCAGUACAUCGAAGACCUCUGUUUCAGUGCAAAUAAUGUGUGCAAGGAUUGCGAUAACAAGAUGUGCGAUCACUUCCGCCAGUACGUACACGGCCACGGGCAACUCACCGCAUCUAUUCAGCGCCAACCCUCGAAGAUGCGUGGAUACGUUGACACAAUUCUCAUGUGGUCGACCUGUCGGGCUUGCAGGCAGGAAACAACGGUUACGGAAAUGUCAGAGCAUACAUGGAAGUACUCCUUUGCCAAGUAUUUGGAGCUCAGUUUCUGGAGUAGCCCAUUACACCCGCGGGCAGGAAUUUGCAAGCACGAUAUCCACAAGCAGUUCCUCAAGUGUUUUGGCUUCCAGGACAUGGUAGUCCGAUUUCAAUAUGAUCCGAUUGACAUAUACGACGUCGUGGUACCCCGGGGAAGGGUGACAUGGAAGGUGGAGGCGGACCUCGUUGUCAAGAACGAUCAGUACAUACAGCUUGAGCAGCGCCUGAAAGCGUUCACAGAUUCGAUCAAGAAGCGAUUGGACUCCAUCAACAUCGACACGUUGGACGAGAAGAAGAAUGCCGCCGCUUUGGAUGUCCUAGAGCACCUCAGAGAGCAAGCAAACGCUGAUCACCAUCAACUCUUGAUGAAAUUGCGGGCGAAAUACGCCAAGUCUCGCUACUACGAGCUACUGCCUCUCAAUCGCGCUCUCCGGUUCAUGGACGAAAAAGCCCUGGAAUGGGAUGAAGCCUUCAACAAUUUCGAGCAGAAUUACUUUCCCUCAGAGACUGAUAUUCGCAAGCUUGCCAGCAUCCAAUUGAAAAACAUGUUUGAGCAGUCACAGCCAGCUCCAAGUAGUGUUGCCAGCGGCGACAGUGACACCGAAGACGGUACCGAGAUGACCGAAAAGAGGAAGCCGGGUCGGCCGCGGAUGACACAGGACGAGGCUUUUAUAGACAAGGCCGAUGAUGUCUUGCUCUCGGUCGUGGAAGAGCACAAAGCAUCGACAGAUGAGGGCGGCGCAUUGAAAAACGUCACAAGCCACGAUUCCGAAGCCACGACGACUAGUCCGCUUACAAGGACCCAUACCCCUCGCAAAGAUCUUGAGGACGCCGUCGAACGUGACGAUGUUAAACAUCUCGAUCUCGCGGUGCCCUCUCGAUCUCCAGAUGUACUCAUUGGCGAAUCUGCAGGUUUUCACGACGGAUCUCCUGUAGCGGGUCGCUUCCCGUCUAGCGAAGAUCGGAACGAAGAGCCCUUUGCCAUUCAGCCCAAGCCGUUGAGUUCAGGAUUGUUAGAGCGGAUUGAACAGAUUCGAAACAACCGUGCUGCCGGGAUCGAGCCUGAGCCGCCAGAGUCAAAGAUCCCAAGGCUGGUAGACCGCAAAAAGGGGGAAGCAAACCCCGCAACUUUGCCAGCAAUGCCAACACUUCCGCCUCCUCUUCUACGUGCGAAAUCACAGCCAGGUCACAUACCGCGUCUCGGAGACGUGGAUCAUAGCAUAGAUGCCGUGGCAAGCGCUCAGAUCGAYGGUGAUCCUACCGAAAGACGAAUGACCGAACGGUUGGGCGUUGGCCGUCUUGCAUCGAAAGUCGGCAAAGUUGCCCCGUCGCUAAUUCCGAGAUCUGUACCCGUCAAGCCAGAAGACAAGGUCAAUAGCGUUUCUUCACUGGCUAAUCACUUUGAGCAAAUGUCUCGCGAGUUCGAGAAGGAGCGUAUGAAAGAGCGCCGACAGCGAGCUUUGAGAAGUCGCCAGGCACGGGCGAACCCUCUCGCAAGCAGUAGACCUGUAGUGGAAGUCUAUGAAAAUGCUACAGAUGCUGUUGGCGAGAAGUCAUUGAAGCAGGCCGCCGGCGAAAGUGACAACCAAAAGGACAGAGCUGCUCGUCGUACAAUGGACGAUGAAGUUGCCAGAUCACAGCCCGAGGAUGUUCCACUGGCUGAAGGCGACAUCCAUCCGGUCGAGACUGCCAAGGAGGACAAGGGAGAAGAUAUUGUCGAGAAUGACGCCGAAGGAGAGGUGGCUGAUCUCGAGCCGAGCAGCUCCAGGCGCAGUACUAGAGCUGCUUCAGAUCCAGCUUUGGACCUUGGCGGAUCACUCACAUCGUCGAUACCGUCUAGCCAUGACAUCUCAGAAUUAGGCCCUGAUCUGGCUAUUCCCGAGCAUCGCAAGAACGUCUGGUUCAAGUAUCUCGCCGAAUUCUGGUCGAAACGAUCCGCAUCUGGUUGGGCCAAUCUUGAGUAUCCACUCCGCAAUGACGAGCAUGUAUUCGCAGAUUCCGAUAUCAUUGUGCGAGAGGAUGAGCCCUCGUCUGUCAUUGCGCUGUCGCUGGCUUGCGCGGACUAUCGUAAGAAAGCUGAGAAAUUCCGAGACCAUCCCAACAGAGCUCCUCUGGGCAAGCAUGGACACUCACACACUACCUCGCAGGCCAGCUUCGGGAACGCUCCGUUGAAGACCGAGGAGCAGAUGUGGGACAUCGAAGCAUCCCUGCUUAGUGAUACGGGGACACACAUGAAAUACUCUUUCACUCACAACAGCGUCAGAGCUUCCUGCAAGAUCUUCUACGCCGAGUCGUUUGACGCGCUGCGGCGGCGUUGCAAUGUUUCCGACCGCUUCAUUGAGUCCAUGUCACGCUGUCUCAAMUUCGACUCGAAAGGUGGCAAGACCAAAUCACUCUUCUUACGCACGCUCGACACGCGCUUCAUCAUCAAAAGUUUACAGGAGGUGGAACUCAAAGCUUUCAGCAAAUUCGCACCGGACUACUUCAACUUCAUGAGCCAUACGCUUUUCCACGGCGUGCCCAGCGUCAUCGCGAAGAUGUUUGGCCUAUUCCAGGUCAACAUCCGCAAUCCCAACACUGGCGUCGAUUUCUCUUACUACCUGCUGGUAAUGGAGAAUCUCUUCUACGAACGCUCGCCCAACCGACGCUUCGAUCUCAAAGGCAGUAUGCGCAACCGCAAAAUCGAAAGCACCGGCCAAGCAGACGAAGUGCUCCUCGACGAAAACCUCGUUGAAACAAUCUUCGAAUCGCCCCUCUUCGUUCGAGAAACUUCCAGAAAACUCCUCCAAGCUAGCAUCUUCAACGACACUCUCUGGCUCUGCAAACAGAACGUCAUGGACUAUUCCCUCAUGGCGGGUUUCGACGACGCUUCCAAAGAAAUGGUCGUGGGGAUUAUUGAUUGCAUUCGAACGUAUACUUGGGACAAGAAGUUGGAGAGCUGGAUCAAAGAUCGGGGCAAGAAUAAACCCACGAUUACGAGUCCGAAGGAUUACAGAAAUCGGUUUAGGGUUAGUAUGAUGAAUUAUGUGUUGCAGGCUCCGAAUUGUUGGCAUCAGUUCCAGGCGCAGAUGCCCGGUCCUAGGACGUUGAAGGAGGGGAAGGAUGAGACUACUAGGGGGGAAACGGAGGAUACAGAGGCGGAGAAUUGA